UUCCUGGAUUAUAACAGCCGCUCUGAACAUGGGGAACAUGGCUUGUGUUCCCCAGGCACCUGGGAGGUUCCGAUACUCUUUCUCUAGGAAACCCUCGCUCAGGAAAGAACAAGAGAGCAAGAAGAAGAUUGCUGGCCUCUUUGGUUUUGAACCAGGGCAGGAGAGGGACGUUACCUCAGACAAGAUACUCCAGUAUAUCCCUGGAAAGAGCCUCACAAACCAGGAAAAUGAGAAGGAGAACUUGGACCAGCGGUUCCCAGGCUUGUUCAAGAAAGGGAGGCGGAAGACGGUGGUCAGGAACAUGGGGCAAAUUAUCCAUUACUCCAAGGUCAAAUUUAAAUUUCAGCACAGUCCGGAAGUGAACGACUGUUACCUGGAACUGUUUCAAGCCUACCUCUAUUUUCAAUCCCUGGGGUCGAAUGGACUCACCUACCAGGGUUUGCUCCCGUUGAGAGAACUCCAGCUGAAUGAACUCGAAAGCCCUAAGGAAGCCCAACAGGAGGUUCAUGCCUUCCAAAUUACAGGUCCCUUGCUGAACCCUCUGGUAGUCUACUGCCCUGACAGGUCGGAGUUGAAACGCUGGCUCUACCACUUAGAGAAGCAAAUCCGUUUAAAUGGAGGGAGCCUCGAUUUCCCCUUCUUGACUCAGCACGACCAGAAGCAGAACUCCGUGGGGAGGGAACAGCUGAGAUGGUCGGUGCAGAAUGCCCCCGUGCAGGAGUGGAGGGGCACCCAGCGGGAAUCUCUGGGGGACAUCCUUUGCGUCUCCAAAGUGAAGCUGCAACACCUGCCUUUCCAGGAACAGCAUGACCGACUCCUGAUCCUCUAUCCUUCCACCCUGGUAAUAGUAUCUGAAGAACGCAACAGCCUCUACUUUAAGGGAGAAUUGCCCCUCAACGCGAUCCAAGUGCAAUUUGAAGAAAACCAGAAAAGCUCUUUUCUAAUAGAAGGCCGAUUAAUCAACUCCAUUCGGGUGAUUUGUCCCAGCUAUGAAGAUUACCAAGAGUGGCUGUACUGCCUUAAAACAGCCCAAUUCCGCAAUGCCGACUCAUCUCUUUCUGGUUCGGAGAGCUUUUCUGGGCCAAAACCACCACACCUGGCACAGUUCUCAGGAAGCGGGAGAGGCUCUCUUACCUCUGAUGGCCGAACAAAUUCCUGGGCCUCUGCAGGCAAGGGACAGGCCUCCACACACCACUCCCAGAACAGCACCGGCUCCCGUUCCGAGAAGCAGUCGUUUGGAGUGAUGCCGGAGAACCGGCUGAUGGAUGACCCUCUGCCUCAACCAGUCCGUUGUCCGGGAAAAACAGUUACCACAAGUAUCGGGAUACCGAAACCCGAACUGAAAAGAAAAGGAAGCUCUCGGAAGUCCAAAGGGAAAUCUGGUCCCCCAGCUCAGCAGCCGCAACCCAUCAUCCAGGACUCUGAAAGGAGUCAUUUCCAACUCAUCCCAGGGCAUCCAAAAGGAGAAGUGACAUCUCCAGUGUAUAAUGAGCCAUACACAGCCCUAGUGAAACCACAACAACACCCUACUAUUCCUCCGUUGCAUCUGGACAUGAACAACUUGAAACAAUGGAACUUGCCAAGAAGCCAGAACUGCACAGCGCCCCCAAAUGUGGAGCCCUCGCCUCUGUCUUCCUCCCCAAUGUAUGCCGACCCCUAUACACCUAAUUCCCCCUCUUCGCACGGGCCAGGGGAAUCGAACUUCCUGGAAGAGUUGAUGAGACGGCACGGGCAGACCGCCUUGGAACCGCACAACGGCUGCCCAGUCAUGCCAGUGUCUGUCCCCAUCUCCCAUCAUCCACUGGUGCAGAGCAAGAAGCCCCAGCCCCUACCCAGCAACCACUGGCGAGAGCCAACGGCUGCUCAGAGACGUGGCAACCCCGGCCCUCCCUUCAAUUUUUCAAUGAUGCCUCCUUCAAACACCGAUUAUUUGACCACGAGCACCUUACCAAGAGAUGAAUUUUUGAUGCCGAAUUCAGACGAAAGCAUUGGAACGUACGACCUGCCGGAAAGCGGACGGGAACGGCUAGGCUCUGCGUAUCAUGAUUAUGCUGAGCUCCAAAGUUUCCAGAGUGACUUCAGUUACGACAACAUUUGGGAUACGGAGGCGAAGCAGCCGGCAAGUGUCCCUGACAAUGAGAUCUACGACUGCUAAGGGAGGUUGACUUGAACCACUGAGGAGGGGAAUGGAGCAUGCUGGGAAAAGACACGCCUCCCCAGUGCUCUGCUUCUGAGCUAGAUGAUGUACAGAUUGGACAAUGAGCGCCUGGCUACCCACGUGUUUCCCCUAGUUUGCUCUGGAAGGCUUCUCUUUUCGCAGGGAAGACUAUGGCUUCCCCAACGAUUUCUGGAGACCCUUUCGCCCCCUGUUACUUCAGUUUCUGGUGUGGUGCUAUUCCAAAUUGGUGCGAAAAAGGAGUCUGAAAUUCCAGGGAGAAUCCACA